GAAGGCUUGGGAUCAAACACCUGGAGGGUUCUCGAGACCCAGGCAAACACUGAGGUCAGCUUGCUCCCAUGGAGUCCGGCCCCCAGGUCCUCUCCCCCACUAUAAGAGCAUGCCUCAAAUAGCGUGCCAAGCAGUAGGCAACUAUGGCCAAGUCACAUCUACUGCAGUGGUUGCUGCUGCUGCCCACACUCUGCAGCCCAGGUGCAGCUGUCGGGUCGGCCUCAUCCCCAGACUGUGCACAGGGUCCUAAAUUCUGGUGCCAAAACCUGGAGCAAGCAGUGCAGUGCCGAGCCCUGGGGCACUGCCUACAGGAAGUCUGGGGACAUGCAGGAGCUAAUGACCUGUGCCAAGAGUGUGAGGAUAUUGUCCACCUCCUCAUAAAGAUGACCAAGGAAGACAUUUUCCAGGACACAAUCCGGAAGUUCCUGGAACAAGAAUGUGAUAUCCUCCCCUUGAAGCUGCUCGUGCCCCGGUGUCGAAAAGUGCUGGAUGUCUACCUGCCCCUGGUUAUCGACUACUUCCAGAGCCAGAUAAACCCAAAGGCUAUCUGCAAGCAUGUGGGCCUGUGCCCACUGGGACAGGCUAAAUUAGAACAGGAUUCAGGGAUGCAAGAUGCUAUUCCAGAUCCUCUGCUGAACAAGCUGGUCCUCCCUGCGCUGCCAGGGGCCCUCUUGGCAAGGCCUGGGCCUCACACACAGGACCUCUCUGAGCAGCAGCUCCCCAUCCCUCUGCCCUUCUGCUGGCUUUGCAGAACUCUGAUCAAGCGGGUCCAAACUGUGAUUCCCAAGGGUGUGCUGGCCGUGGCUGUGGCCCAGGUGUGCCACGUGGUACCCCUGGUGGUGGGGGGCAUCUGCCAGUGCCUGGCUGAGCGCUAUACAGUCCUCCUACUUGAUGCACUGCUGGGCCGUGUGGUGCCCCAGCUAGUCUGCGGCCUCGUCCUCCGAUGCGCCACUGAGAACGUCAUCGACCCAGCCCUCCAGGCUUUGGACUCCCCGGUGGAAGAAUGGCUGCUACAAGACACUGAGUGCCACCUCUGCAAGGCCGUGAUCACCAGGGCUUGGAACGCAAGUGAAGAGGCGAUGCCGCAGACAAUGCGCCAGGCCUGCCUUCGCUUCUGGCUGGACAGGCAAAAGUGUGAGCAGUUUGUGGAACGGCACACACCCCAGCUGCUGGUCCUGGUGCCCAGGAGCCGGAAUGCCCAUACCACCUGCCAGGCUCUGGGAGUGUGUGAGGCCCUGGCCAGUCCUCUGCAAUGCUUCCAAAGCCCGCACCUCUGAGAACUCGGUCUCCAGCACCCUGUGCCCUCAGCCCUCUGUCAGCCUGCGUGCCCCACGCUGCCACAGCCCUUCGGGGAUGAGGCACAGCAGUCUUCUGGAAGCCUUCAUGGGGCUUCAGGUCUUCACAUCCAGCAGAGCCAUGCCCAGCUCCUACAGCUCCUACGCCCCCAGGGACUGGGAAGAAACUGCCAUGGCUCCCAGAAGACAGCAAGGAGAAGCCUGAGUCUGGCCUCAUCAACCUCUUGCUAAGGCUUCUAUGAAAUGCAAGCUUCGGAAGAAUAAAAAUGGGAACCUGAAGUGUUGUAAGGGUCAUGGGUGAGGCUCAGUAGAGAACACUUUCCUAGCAUGCAGAACCUGGGCUGAAUUCCCAGCACUAAAACGGAAAACAAACACACAAACAAGUUUGAAGGCGGUGUCAUGAUGUCUCUUGGCCACAAUCUCAGCACUUGGAGACUACAGCCUGUGAUAUAGAGCUUUCUUUUUUUUAAGUGAAACAAGGCACAAACAGUCCAAAACACAGACAUAGGCAUUAUGAAAUUCUCAGCUUGUGCUUUUUCAAAAAAGAGAAUAAAAACCCAAACCAGGAAGGACUGGUGAGAUGCUUUGGCGAGUAAAAGCUGACUGCCCCAGGCUGAUGGUCUGAGUCUGAGCCCCACGAUCCACAUGGGAGGAGGAGAGAACCAACUUCUAGUUGUCCUUUGGCCUCUACAUGGACCUCCCCCCCCCACAUAUAAAUACAAACAUGCAUGCACAUUUAAUUUAAAAAUUUGGCCAGUGGCAUGGUUCAGCAGAUAGAGAUAUUUGCUGCCCAAGCCUGAUGAUCCCUGGAACCCAAGAUGGUAGGAGAGUUGGCUCCCAAAAGUUAUCCCCCUGACCUCCAGACUUAUGCCAUGGUACACAUGUGUCCCACCCCACCCUACCCCCGCCGUUAUAAACAUACACAUAAUAAUGAUCAUUUACUCUUGAGUCAGGAAAUCCCUGACCUGGGUGAGGGUGAGCAUUGCAUGUGCUGGCCAUUAUGGUUCCGUAUUUGAGGAGCUCUCUGCUAGGGCUUCUUCUAGAAAGGGCUUCUGGAGCUGACGGUAUAGCUUAGUGGUGGAGCACUGACUUAGCACGCUCUAGACCCCAGGUUUUAUCCCAGCACUGAAAACAAAGGGCAUGGAAAGAGGGCUAGAUUCUCCUGUCUUUUUGUAAGUUUACAGUCCUGGGAGUGAUUCCAUGUCUGCCCCGAUAUCUAAGAUUAGUGAGGACUGUGCAUACAGGGACCAGCUCCCAUGCUAACACUAUGCCUGGAUCACAACUAAUAAAAUCCUGUUCCCCUGUGCAAA